AUGCGUGUAGAAUGGAAUGGAUUGAAAGCUUUAAUUUUGGAUGAAUGUGCUUAUGCUUAUUAUGUUCAUUGUUUUGCACAUCGAAUGCAAUUGCCAUUAGUAGCUUCAUCAAAGGAAGUCAUCCCUGUCCAUCAGUUUUUCACCAAGUUAAACUCCAUUAUUAAUGUUGUUGGGGCUUCAUGUAAGCGCAAUGACCAGUUAAAAGCUGCUCAUGCCUCAAAUAUUGCUCAUUUGCUUAGUAUUGAUGAGCUUGAAAGUGGGAGGGGCCUUAACGAAAUUGGUUCUUUACAAAGGCCGGGUGAUACUCGCUGGAGUUCGCAUUUGAAAUCUAUAUCAAGUUUGAUGAGAAUGUUUAGUGCAAUAUGUGAAGUUUUACUUAAUAUUAUUGAAGAUGGAACUAUAUAUGCUCACCGUGGAGAUUCCGAUGCAGCUUAUGAGAUUUCUAAUAUGCUUUGCCAAGCUUUGCAACUUCAAUCUCAAGAUAUAUUGAAUGCAAUGCAUCUUGUGUCGUUUACUAAAUUGCUUAUUCAAACUUUAAGAGAUAGUGGAUGGGAUGAAUUAGUUGCAAGUGUGAAGUUUUUUUGUGAAACUGUUAAUAUAAUUGUGCCGGAUUUUGAUGCUCAAUAUAUUGCAAGAAGAGGAAGGGCUAGACAUCAACAAGAUGAAUUAACAAUUGGGCAUCAUUACAAAGUAGAUAUUUUUUAUGCGGUGAUUGAUUCUCAAUUGCAAGAGUUGAGCAAUAGGUUUGAUGAUAAAGCAAUGGAGUUAGCUGUUCUCAGUUCAUCGUUAGAUCCAAAAGAGAUGCGUGUAUCAUUCAGAAUUGAUGAUGUUUGCAAGUUGGUGGAGAAGUUUUGCCCACAAGACUUUGAAGAUUAUGAGAUUUUGCAAUUGAGAAUGCAACUUGAACAUUUUAAACGUGUGCAACAACUUCCUGAUUUUAGAACACUAUAA